GAUUAGCCGCAGUAUCAUCCGUUGAUAAACGUCCCGCGAUCGCGUAUGGAUGCUUUAAAUUUUUCUCAUCAGCAAGACGUUAGAUAGAUUAUUCUCUAUCAAUUCUUACAGGUGGAAGCUACGUGAGUGCAGCGGGAUAUUUCAUUUUUGAUUUGAAAAAGAAACAAUUUCCAGUAAAGAGCAAAGAUCAAGAAGUUGAAGGUCAUUGCCGCUCUCCGCCUGAAGACACCGCCGGAUCGAGUCAGCUAGUCAUCCCCAGCGCUCUCGCCCAGUCCAGCAGCGAUGUUCAUCCGGUCUCCCGAUACGGCGCAGAUAGGGAAGGAGAUCCUCCCCUUUGUUGUCGGAUAUCUGCCGGACUACUUCCAAAAGAAGGCUGAGGUGGAACUAAAGGACAGCCCCGAGAGGAGGGUGCAAGGACUCAGGUUAUUGAAAGAAAUGAUGAGGAAUGACAAGAAUUUCGUCGGCUUAGAGUUCGAUGACGAGUUCCUUCUCCAGUACCUCCUAUGUCGAAAGUUCAACGUCGCUCGAGCUUUCUCCCAAAUCAAAGCUUUUGUUGCGCUUCGGAGGAAACAGAAAAACGCAUUUACUGACUUCAGAUUCGAGAAGACGGUGAGGACCAUCAACGACCAAAUUGUCACCGUCCUACCUUGGAGGUGCCAAGACGGUUGCGCCAUAAUUCUCGUACAAUUAGAUAACUGGAAUCCAGAAACCUUCCCUGUUGAAGAAGUGAAACGUAUGGUAGUCAUUCUCAUUCUGCAAUCCCUCCGAGAUCCAAUGACACAAGUGAAUGGGUUCAAGGUGAUCUUCGAUGUCAAAAGUAAUCCUAUCAGGCACCUUCGGUACUGCACGCCACAAAACAUCUACCUCAUCUAUCAUGGACCAGAAGAAUGCUCUCCAGGAAGAUUUAAAGAAAUUCACAUAGUUAAUCAAUCCUUGACAUUCAAAGCAGCAUGGUUACUCGCAAAACAUUUCCUAUCUGAAAAGAUUAAAAAAAGAACUCAUUUUCACUCAACUCCGGAAACUUUAUUUAAGUUUUUUCCUCGUGCAAUUCUACCAACUCAAUACGGAGGACUUCUGACAGAUUACGACAUGACGGACUGGCUGAAGGACGUCAUGUCACCCCAGAAAUUGGCAACCCUAGGUGGAGUAGUGCCACAUACUACGAAUUAGUGAUUUCUGAUCUCGAGCGAUGUUUUAAAGCUCCUUGCUAUGUAAAUUAUGCCAUGUUACUGCCUGUAAAAUUUGUACAAAUGAAAAUGGCGCAUUAGUUUUGUUUAAUAUACAUUUGUGGAUAUGACGUGUAACUUUUAUGUAUCAUCUGUGGUGUGUUCGUAAUAAAGGUUUCUAA